AUGGAAGAACACCCAGAAUUCUUUGACAAACAGAGAUUUGAGGAGAUGAAAAAAACUCCCUCAAGAGAGAGCAUAUCUGAUUUUAUGAAGGCCUUAUUUGACUGCGCUUAAUUUAGUCCUGAAUGCUGCAUUAUUAGUCUAAUCUAUAUCAACAGAAUGAUUGCUUUUACUGAGAUGCCAUUGUAAGCAACUAAUUGGAGACCUCUUAUAUUGAGUUCUAUGUUAGUAGCAUAGAAAGUUUGGGAUGACAGAUACUUAUAGAAUUCAGAUUUUGCCUUUAUCUAUCCAUUUUUCGUGACAGAUGAAGUAAAUAGACUUGAAAAAAAAUAUAAUGUAACUGUGAAGUCAAAUUUAUAUGCAAAAUACUAUUUCGAAUUAAGAUGCCUACAUAAAGAAAAUGAAAAAGAAUUUCCUCUAAAGCCAUUAACAAAUGAAGAAACUAGAAAGCUAGAAAUAAGUUCCUUUGCUUACAAGGAUAUAUAUGAAGGAGUUGGAUUAAAAGCAAAAGAAAAGUUAAAUCUUUCUUUUGGUUCUUUACCUCCAAAGAAUAUUUGGAAGUAAUGA